UACCAAUUCAAAGGCAGCUGGGUUUUUUUGGUAUGAAAAAGAUGCAGAGGGGUCAACUCUGAUUUAAGUAAAAAGAGUGCCCACGAGGAAAUUUUCAAAAUUUAAUAUAAAAACAUAUUAAACAAUGUUGGAAAUAAUCAGUAAAAGUGACAGGUAGAGAAGUAUUUUGAAUGAAACCACAAUUCCGAGGCUAUGGUUUUUGAUGGACCAAUAAGAUAUGUGUUGUAACAAUGAAACACGUGCCAUCAAUGGGGGACCGAUAGAAACCUAUGGUGCUCGAAUGCUAACCCAACUACACACAAGGCUUCUAUCAAAAAACUUAAGGAGACACUUGACAACACACACACACACACUAUAUAUAUAUAUAUAUAUAUAUAUAUAUAUAUAUAUAUAUUAGUUGAAAUGGUUAUUGCUCUUAUUGAGGAAUAUUAGUUAACAAGAAUGUCAAAACACAAAAGGGGCUUUUUGAAGCUAUUUCCCAUAUGUAUCAUACCGACCGGUGGUGAACCUGUGCAUGAAUCCUCCAUCGUUGGAUCAGACUCCUGAUAAUCUGACGGUUAUUAUUUCGAGGGCCACUAUUGGGCCUGUUUGUCACACUAUUGUUUGGGCUAGGCCCAUUAUAGGAACGUUUUCUUAAUAGGGUUGCCAUCGAAUGAUUCAUCGGUGCACAUUCCGCAGAGCCCAAAUUAGAAGCGAACCACAGAGAGAGAGAGAGAGAGAGAGAGAGAGAGAGAGAGAGAUGAAGGAAAUUCAAAUUCCGAGGAUAAGUUUCCCGCGCAAUUCCGACCCUGGAACUAAGAGAUCGAAGGAUUCUGAGAUGAAGAAUCGCAAGUUGGCCGAGAAGAGACAUAGUGCUCCGUUUUCCGAUGCAUCAUCGGAUAUUCUGAAGGAUCCAUUGGAAUUUGCUCUUAUUUCUGGAUCUAUCUCCGAUUGCGAUGCUGAGAAUGUAAUGCAAGGAUCAUGUUUGGAUCUGUUAUCUACGCCAGAGAAAUAUUCUCCGGCUGAUCUAUCUCCAAUUUCUACUAUCACUAAUGUGGCGAGUCAAAUGGAUAUAACUGUUGCUGACCCCAUCCGUUUGAUUACGGAAUUGCCUGUUGCUGUGAACUCCUUGCGUGUUGAGGUUCAUGAACUCAGGAGAUUUAUCCAUCCAAGUGAUAUGCCUGAAGAAAAAAACCGGAUGGAUGAAAUUAUUACAAUGAAGUACCACAUCGUGCUUUUGGCUUUUAUACUAUGGGCCAUUCUCGCUUUGAUCCUGGUCUUUUUCCGCUCAGGAGGACAAGUUCCUUAUACUGGUCCAUUACCCACUUGAAGGAUUAAAGGAUGGCUCGUUGACAGGAUGCUGAGUCACAAGGGUUCUCAGUUCAAGCAUCUACCUGAUCUGCUCAGACUCAUCAUAUGAAUGAACAGUGACAUCUACUUUAGGAAUACACUCCUAUCCUACUCUAUGUAGUGUUCCAUUUGAACAGGCGUAUUAAAGGAGGAGCUGACCAUGUAAAUGCUUCAUACACA